AUGCUUAACUGCCUAAAUAUCACCACGAACGUAUCAGAGACAACAGCGGAAGACACACUAACGCUCUCGGCGUAUGUGAAAUACUACAUCAUGGAUAUCGCCGUCCCUUGUGUCUGUGCCCUGGGUCUGACGUGCCUCAAAUCCUAUUACGAGGCGGGCGAAGCAGUGCUGUACUUUGAGUAUCUGGCCAACGGUCUCAUCACACUUUUCAUUAUAUCCAGCACUUGGUUGAUCGUCGUUAUGGCGGCUGAACGUUACAUCGCCGUCUGUCACCCUCUUCGCGCAAGGAAGUUGAUCUCUCUGACACGCACCCGAGCCAGCAUCAUUCUAGUCUUUGUCAUCUGCGCCUUGUCAACAAUCCCGAUCUUCUUGGAAAAGAAGAUCGUAGAGAUUCUGUGCGAUGAUGGUCGAAAAGUGUACGUUCUAGAAGAAAGGAAUCAACAUUCCGUAAAGCUAAGACGCGUCAUGUGGGCUGUUUUCUUUGACUUCAUUCCAUGCGUGGCGCUCGUCUACUUCAACCUGUGCCUGAUUGUCCAAAUCCACAAGGCGAAGACGCUACGAGAUCGAAUGACUCCUAAACACUCAAUCAUCCGCUACACGUCUUCGGGGAUCAAAACCAGCGCUCAACGAUACAGCCCCACACGCACGGUUGUUUACAACUGCAAACAUUUGUACAGUCAACGGAUAGACCUGAAACAAGGAAGAACAAUAUCUGAAUGUACAGAGCUUACGGGAAGCAAGGACAGACACUCGCAUGACUCCGGUCACAUCAACAAUGGCAUGAAAGAUUAUCCACGAUUCACUGUUGUAUAUAACGGACGGGAUCAAGCUUCAAGGAGCAGCCGUGGACCUAGCAGUCACAGUGCAGACAGUGAUUCCAAAACCCUGAACGAUAACCGCUUUGGAAGACGGAUAGACAGUUCCUUUAGCUGCUCGCAAAAAGCGAUGGGCAGUGCGUCCAGGAAAAGACCAUCGGACAGCGCUCUGAACAGCGUGACGGCCACGCUGAUUGCAGUCGUGUUGCUCUUCCUCAUUCUUGUCUCUCCCAGCGAGCUUAUGAAGUUUUCUGUUGGCUACGCGCCGGUGGACAAAGAGAAUCAGUUGAUCGUCAGGUACGUGACCAAUUUCAUGCAGGUGCUGAACUUUUCUCUGAACUUCGUCCUAUAUUGCGCCGUCAAUAAGACUUUCAGACAUACGUUGCGUGGGCUCAUCUGUUGCUGUUGGCUGUCUCUGCGUGGAUAA